CUGGCGCAUCAGCGAUUCGCUGCUCCCAAGGCAACAAUCCCUUGGUCUCUUUCCCUUCCCGUCCGCAUCGAUGUCAGAAAGACCGCCUGGGCUGUUUCUGGUGCAUUUAACGUCGUCUUCCACGUCCUCGUCGUCUUCCACCCCCUCUUCAUCUUCAUCUCCACAUCCCCCGUCGUCUUCCACGUCCCCGUCAUCUUCAUCGUUCCCCGUGUAUCCAUCAACAAUCCGGCCCCCGCCAGCCAGGCCCCGAAUGGAAACCACAAUGGAAACCCGGAUGGAAUUCCGAAUGGCAUCCCCAAUGGCAUCCCCAAUGGCAUCCCGAAUGGCAUCCCGAAUGGCAUCCCGAAUGGCAUCCCGAAUGGAGUUCCCAAUGGCAUCCCGAAUGGCAUCCCGAAUGGCAUCCCGAAUGGAAUCACCAAUGGCAUCCCGAAUGGAGUUCCCAAUGGCAUCCCGAAUGGCAUCCCGAAUGGCAUCCCGAAUGGAAUCACCAAUGGCAUCCCGAAUGGAGUUCCCAAUGGCAUCCCCAACGGAACUCCCCGCAGACACAUUCACCGACCCCUGAGGGAAGUGAACAGCGCCAUUGAGCAUCGCCUCAGGGGCAUCGAAGCAGCCAUAAAUGGCUCUCACAUGGGCCUAGCCCGCAUGGAGCAAACCUUGUCCCUACUCCAGACGUUCGCAGCCCGAAUCUGCAUAAACACAGACAUGUCCAAUAGGCAUCUGGACAGGUUGGGAGGAGUCCCGGAGGCCACGGCAAGCGUCGAGACCCAACUGCAUGCGUUGGCAGGGGUCCCGGCAUCCUUGGCAGACAUCCGCUAG